ACAUCAAUUUACACAAACUCAAGUAACUAUCUAGUAGUAGCAGAUAAUACAAUUCAGUUGAGAGUAUCUAAAUAACAGUUCAAUGAAUUCAAAAACAGACCAACCAUCAGCUUCACAUGAACAAAGUUCAUGUUCAGUAGAAGAAGUUUCUUUAGUAGUCCCUGAAACAGAUGAUCCCAAUAUGCCAGUAAUGACAUUCAGGGCAUUGUUUCUUGGCCUAACAUCAUGCACAAUCUUGAUUUUCCUCAACACUUUCUUUAUAUUCAGGACUCAGCCUUUAACUAUCUCAGCUAUCUUAAUGCAAAUUGCUGUGCUUCCUGUUGGGAAUUUGAUGGCUGCAACACUACCUAUGAAGAAAAUUACCUUAUUUGGGAGAUGGGGUUAUUCUUUUAGUUUGAAUCCAGGGCCUUUUAAUGUUAAAGAGCAUGUCAUUGUUACAAUCAUGGCUAAUUGUGGUGUGUCCAUUGGUGGUGGUGAUGCUUACUCCAUUGGAGCUAUUACUGUCAUGAAGGCUUAUUAUAAGCAGAGUUUGAGUUUUCUAUGUGCCCUUCUAAUUGUCUUGACCUCUCAGAUAUUGGGGUAUGGAUGGGCUGGAAUGUUGAGGAGAUAUCUGGUUGAUCCUGUGGAGAUGUGGUGGCCUUCAAAUCUUGCUCAAGUGUCUUUGUUCAGGGCAUUACAUGAGAAGGAACCACAAGCAAGAGGCUUGACAAGAAUGAAGUUUUUCCUUGUAUUCAUGGCAGCAAGCUUUGCAUAUUACACAUUUCCAGGCUACCUAUUUCCCAUUUUGACAUUCUUCUCAUGGGUGUGUUGGGCGUGGCCGCGCAGUAUUACAGCUCAGCAAAUAGGCUCUGCAUACCACGGACUUGGCGUGGGCGGCUUUACAUUUGAUUGGGCAGGCAUAUCAGCAUACCAUGGCAGUCCAUUGGUAACACCGUGGUCCUCCAUUCUGAAUGUUGGCGUUGGUUUUAUCAUGUUUGUAUACAUCAUUGUUCCUCUAUGUUACUGGAAGUUCAACACGUUUGAUGCGCGAAAGUUCCCUAUCUUUUCGAACCAGUUGUUCACAUCCAGUGGGCACAAGUAUGAUACCACUAAGGUCUUGACACCACAAUUUGAUCUCAAUGUUGCUGCUUAUGAAAAGUACAGCAAGCUUUACCUUAGUCCUCUGUUCGCCCUCUCGAUUGGAUCGGGGUUCGCUAGGUUCACAGCCACCCUCACACAUGUUGCAUUGUUUCAUGGCAGUGAUAUUUGGAAGCAAAGUAGAGCGGCUGCGAAGAAUGUGAAAAUGGACAUUCAUGCAAAGUUGAUGCAGAGUUACAAGCAAGUACCUCAGUGGUGGUUCCUCGUGUUAUUGAUCGGUAGCAUUGCCCUGUCGCUCAUGAUGUCUUUUGUGUGGAAAGAAGAUGUUCAGUUGCCGUGGUGGGGAAUGCUCUUCGCCUUUGGUCUUGCUUGGCUUGUUACUCUCCCAAUAGGAGUCAUUCAAGCAACUACAAACCAGCAACCUGGAUAUGACAUUAUUGCACAGUUCAUAAUUGGAUAUAUCCUCCCUGGAAAACCAAUUGCAAACUUGCUAUUCAAGAUAUACGGCCGGAUUAGUACCAUUCAUGCUCUCUCUUUCCUGGCUGAUCUUAAACUUGGGCACUACAUGAAAGUUCCACCAAGAUGCAUGUUUGCAGCUCAGCUUGUUGGGACACUGGUUGCUGGAACAGUCAACCUAGCAGUUACAUGGUGGAUGUUGGGCAGCAUUGAGAAUAUUUGUGACAUUGAGGCUCUUCAUCCUGAAAGCCCUUGGACCUGUCCUAAAUUUCGCGUCACAUUUGAUGCUUCUGUCAUUUGGGGUCUAAUUGGACCAGAGAGGCUGUUUGGACCUGGGGGAUUGUACAGAAACUUAGUAUGGUUAUUCCUCAUUGGAGCAGUCUUGCCAGUACCUAUCUGGAUACUAAGCAAAAUUUUCCCUAAAAAGAAAUGGAUCCCAUUGAUCAACAUACCUGUUAUAUCUUAUGGCUUUGCCGGAAUGCCACCAGCAACUCCGACAAAUAUCGCUAGCUGGCUUAUUACUGGAAUGAUCUUCAACUUCUUCGUGUUCAGAUACAGGAAAGGAUGGUGGCAGAAGUACAAUUACGUUCUGUCAGCUGCCCUGGAUGCUGGAACAGCAUUCAUGGGCGUUCUGUUGUUUUUCGCGCUGCAAAAUGAGGGGAAAAACCUGAAAUGGUGGGGAACUGAGUUAGACCACUGUCCAUUGGCAUCUUGUCCUACAGCACCAGGUGUUAUAGUGGAAGGAUGUCCAGUUUUCAAGUAG